AGAAAAAAAAAAAGCAGCUGCGACCUGCCUUUCCCAAACACAGUUACCAACUGUAGUUCAGCAGAGCUGCACCCUCGAGAACAGAAUGCUGAACUACAGUAUCGACACGGAGUGCCAGGGCAAUGUGACAGGCAAUGAGACAGCAGAGUACGAACCGUCUGAUGACAGAUUAAGCUUUGCUUUCAGCGUUGUACUGACCGUCAUGCUGGCUCUGGUGGUGUUUUCCUUGGGGUGCAUGCUGGAAGUGGGCAAGCUGUGGUUUUAAAUUCGGCGACCCUGGGGCAUCAUUGUGGGGAUUGUGUGCCAGUUUGGGCUGAUGCCCCUCAUUGCAUACCUCCUGUCUGUGGGCUUCUCUGUGAAGCCGGCGCAGGCUGUUGCUGUUCUCAUCAUGGGAUGUUGUACCGGGGGAGUCAUCUCAAACAUUAUCACCUACUGGAUUGAUGGAGACAUGGACCUCAGCAUUGCCAUGACAAGUUGUUCAACGGUGCUGGGAAUGGGGAUGAUGCCAUUGUUUCUCUACAUCUACACACAGUCCUGGGUCCAGACAGGCAGCAUUCAAAUACCAUACCUGAACAUAGGUUGCUCGCUGGUUACCUUGAUUGCACCCGUGAGCUGUGGCGUGUUUGUAAAUUACAAGUGGCCGAGGCUGGCAAAAAUAAUCCUGAAGGUACUACAGUAA